CCACGCAUGCAGUUUGUGUGAGGCUCUCUUUAGCCCUGAUACUAUGUUUCUACCUUGUGCUCUCUAGGAAACUUUAGCCUCAGGGCAGGGAACAAGACAUGGGGACAUUUGUCUCCUCAUCGGUGUGCUGCUGAGGAGUCAGGAAGUAAAAGUAUCAGGUGUAAAAUAUUGAUGGGGCGACAGGUUUUAUCCUAACAACCCGGCAGGUCUUUGCCCUUCUGAUCGAUGUAUCACACAGCGAGGGGCUGCCAGCACCCCCGCCAAAGGCCGAACCACGGACCUCAGUACUGAUUCACCGAGCCUCACUCCUCCAGCAGGAGGAGGAGGAGGAGGAGGAGGAGGUGGAGGUCAGUGGGCAGAGGGAGGUCAGGGAGACCAGCCGCUCGUCCGGGAGCUGUGGUUCAUUGUAGUGAUGGCAGCCAUUGCCCUGCUGCUGCUGGCCAUCCUGCUAGCUGUCAUGCUCACUAAGGCCCUGAACAAACCCCCCUUCACCAGAGAGAGACCCCCGCUGGUGGCCCUGCCCAUGAAGAAGAGGAGCCCCAUGGCUGUUUAUCCAGCCAGCAACUCUGUUUUGUUUGACACUGUGCAUGACACAACAGGAAUCUCCAACAGUGUAACACUCAAGGGCUUCACCAUGAAGAUAGAGGAAGUGUUUGAAGCUAAAUGUGAGCCCAGUGAUGAGGUAUGUGAGCCCAUUGAUGAGGUCCCACCACAGGGUGAGCUGGGGAUCCUGAGUGUGAACGCCCUGAGGCGCAGCGUCAGCCAGAUGAUGGACGGGAAGUCCCUCGCGGGAGAUGACGAAGCGUGGGACCCAAACAUUUCAGGCCAUGACAGCGGGAUGUUUAUGGACGAUGAGGAAUUUGUCGACACCGUCAAAGGUUUUAGCACAGUGAGGAAGGAGCACACCAUGUUCACUGACACCAACCUGUGACCUGAGGAUGACCUUUGAACCUGACGACACCGGCCCUGGAUGUAGAACAUUUUGACAAGCGAGGCCACUUGCUCACAUAAAAUCCACUUUCGUUGGUCUGAAGCUCUGGCCAGUUAACCUGUCACUGUGGCUGGUUAAGAGUUCUAAAGAGGUCAGACACAGCCGAGGUGAAGUUCCUUCCCUCUUACAAUGAAAACAUGACUCAUGACAGGAUCACUGCAGUACCCGUAGCAACCAGGAGGAGAAAGGAAGUGAGGAUGUGACAUUCAAAUGUAAGGAGGAAGUCUGAAAUGAUACCACUGAAUAUAGACUCAGAGCACACAAGACAAACCAAGGAUACUGUAUGGUGAUGCAGCAGAAAGUUAUCUACGUAUUUUAGUUUUUUUCCUCUUCUCUCUGGUAAAUUUGUAAGAGGCAUACAUACUUUUAUUUUUAUUUUAUAGACACAUUUAUUUUCAAUCAGCUCUCCAUGCCUGGGAACUUUUGUCAUCUUGACAUAUCUUUGGAUGCUUUUUGGUAAUGGAAUUGCUAAACCUGCUGUGAACUUGCACUGUCUGGUGAGUCCAACGAAACUUGAAUCGAUCCGGUGGAUGCAGCUUGCAAGUGCCAUUAACUUAUCGAGCAGUAACUGAGAGGACCAUGCACAAAACAGACUCUUUCCUCCUGUCUUUUUCUUUUUCUUUUCCUCACCUUCAAUACACCGUGUAUUCUAAGAUAUUUUGCCAGAAGCUAAAUGAUGAGGUUAACACAUUACAGUGACUGAAUUACAGUCUGGUUGGAUGGUGAUAUCGAACUGGGCAACUUUUACACAAAAACCUGAUUGAUUUCAAUACUGAUAUGUACCAUUUGAUAUGAAAAUAGUAAAAACAAAAUAGGGGACUUGGACUGGUGCAUAGUUUCCAUUAAAUACAGCAAAUGACUUACACAACUAGCUUCAAGUUUUUACAUAUUAAUUUAUUUGAAAUGAGUUGCAAUGCAAUGUGGGCACAAACACUUGCACCAUUACAGUCAAUAAUAUGGUUACAAAACUGAACAUUUACAUAAUAAAUUAAUAUACUGCAGUACCACAUGAGACAGUAAACAUAAAACCCCAAACUGAGGAAUUAUAUUGCAUU